GGCUGGGUUUCAAAUUCAAGGCAAAGCAAUUGAGCUCAGCCUGCUGCAAUUCGGUUCCGAGGGGCAAGCACGUAAUGGAGUUGCCGGAGCCUGGAGUCGGAAAAGUCGGUGACUUAGAGGAAGCAGGGGAGACCGGACUCUGCCGGCGAUCACCGGCAGUAUCGGUAGCAGCGGUUCUACCUGCCGGAGGAAGCGGUGAAAGGUUGGGUGGCAGCACUCCGAAGCAAUUUUGUCUCAUGCUGGGGAGGCCGCUCAUUAGCUAUACCGUGCAGGCAAUAGAAAGAAUCAACUGGAUUUCUGAUGUUGUUGUUGUGGUCUCUUCAGAAAAUAUUGAAAUAAUGAAAUCUAUUAUUAGAAAAUAUGGCCAUGAGCGGACAACGGUAGUAGAAGGAGGACUAACCCGUCAUAGAUCUAUUUUCAAUGGAUUGAAAGUAUUUGUAAAAGGCAACACAUUCUGUGCUCCAUUCCACAAACCAGAAAUAAUAGUAAUCCAUGAUGCUGUCCGACCAUUUGUUGAAGAGGAUAUUCUUUUUAAAGUGGUUAUGGCUGCCAAAGAGCAUGGGGCAGCAGGAGCAAUCCGUCCUCUUGUUUCCACAGUUAUUGCUUCCACCACAAAUGGAUGUUUAGACCAUUCACUAGAUCGUGGCAAAUACAGAGCAAGUGAAAUGCCUCAGGCUUUCUUAUUUGAUAAAAUUCAUCAAGCAUAUCUUCAGUGUAGUGACUAUGAUCUGGAUUAUGGAACAGAAUGUUUGCAUCUAGCUCUAAAAUAUAACAAAAUAAAUGCUAAGCUUAUUGAAGGAUCUCCUGAUCUAUGGAAGGUAACUUACAAGUGGGAUCUUUUUGCAGCUGAUUGUUUAAUCAAAGAUACUAUAUCACAGGAAGUUUGCAUUAUUACUGACAUAAAGGAAGAUGCUGUGCAAGUGGGAUUUCUCCUGAAUGAAAAAAUGAAGAGUCGUGUAAAACAUGUUCAAAAUGUAGCAAUCACCCUUCAUAAAAAUGAUAACCUACAAAAUAUUUUGUUAGGACAGUGCUACAACUUUAUUUGUAUAAAUAAUAAACUGCAUGGCUUGGAGGAAAUCUCAUUGCUGGUAGACAAACUUGAAAACAUGGGUGCUUUGGUUUUGUACCCUGUUGUUCUCAUUUUGGUAAACAUGGGCACUUUAGAAAAUACAUCUUUUAACACUGGAAUUGAAAGCUUAACUAUACUUGCAAAGGAAGUGAAAAAGAAAAAUAUCUUACUUUAUGGUCUCUUUAUACAGUAUAAAAAGGAAAGUCUAAAACUUCAAGAGACCAUGGAUUCAGCAGCUGCACUUAUUACUAUAUUAAUAAGAGAACGAAAUCCUGCAUUUGUUGGUCAGCUUCUAGUAGCAUGAAAAAUAAUUUUUCAGUUAUUUGUGUUUGAAAGUAAAGAUUUUUUUAACAAUUAAAAACUAGGGUUUGUCACUAAUAUAUUUAGCAUGAAAUAAAAAUAUUUUAAUAAAUAUAUUUAUAAUAAAUACAGAAGAUUCAGUUGCAUGUUGUCUCAAGUGCCUUGAGCAGAGAGGAGUGUUAUGAA